AGCUAAAUCGAGAAUAAUAAUAGACGCGUUUGACGUGGCCAUAUAUAGUGUAUAUUUUGCGUUAUUUUCUGAGGAGUACUCGGGGGACACGUGUACGUCCUCGUGCUUGACAAUGUUUCCAAAUACAGGAAUAGUAUCGUUCGAUCGAUCUAAUUUCUUUCUGUUUAAUGCUGCGACAAAACUAGACGGCGACUAAUAUUUGCAUAUUCCCUGCAACGUUUCAACCUCACUCUUAGGUCUUCUGCGUCGUGCUGCUAUAUUCCUUUACGUGAUAAAAUUGCCAAUACAGUACUUCAUCGAGAUUUGUAUUUCCCGUGCGACGAAAAAGCGUCUUUCCAUCCCUUACGCUUUCGCGUCUCAUACUUGGAAGGUGUACAAGACGCAAUAUUACGUUCAUUUCGUUUUAUUUUUCGUCUCUUGCGUCUCAAAGUGGCGAGAGAACGCGAUAUUAUUUUUCCGUCGGAUUAUUUUCCAUCCGUUGCACCUCAAAGAUGCGAAAACGCAAUUGCAUUUUCGUGCCGUUUCGUUUUAUUUUCCCUUUCAACGUUGCGAAAUUGAACUUGCUUUUGUCGGACGAGUGAAACGAUGCAUAAUAAAGUAGGUAUCAUUAUUGUAUGAUGGAGCUGAUAAGCGCAAACAUUGCAAUACUACACAAUGUGUCGUUGAUGUCUCAUCCCUUAUCGUGCACGUGGGUGGACGCUACGGGGAUGCUUUCUUUCUUUAUUUCCCUCCGCAAAGAAAUUAAAAAAAAAUCUGCAAGGGAGGAAAGAAUGGGGGAAAGGAAUAAUUACGUUCCAGGGGAGUGAAUGGUAACUCUCCUCGGUGCCCGUUGCUCAAUAGAGCGGAGCUUAUCGACCAAAUAUCGGCCCGCGGAACUUCAGUUCGUGAACCCUUCGGCGGGCGUAACGUUGGAGAGCACUCUCGAAUCAUUAUCUAGAAUUCUAGAGGCUGGUACUUGACUCGAAGUGGGUCCCCUGGCUUUAUUUCUGCGAAAGUAGUUCGGCCUGGUUGCGGUUCAAGACUUUGCCGCUCGAUCGGUUAGCCAGAGAUCGUUCGACGAGAUGGAGAAUGCAGAUGUAAUCGAUGAGAAAGAUCUGGCUUUGGCCGACUCAAACGAGUCGGACUCGAGUAACAACGAAACGACGUUUAUUUAUGGAAAGAGCUUGCGACCACCGAUACUGGGUAGCUUUUAUCGAGUCCCUGAUAUUUCGAAGAAGUAUAUCGAGCCAACGAUUCUCGACACGUCCCUGUCUUAUAUUCCAGUUUACGAGCAUCUGAAAAUGUACGAUUUGAAACCAGUCGAGAGACCUAAUACUCCACCCACGUUGUCGGAGUUACGAUCGAAAGUCCUAGAAGAUAACGAAUCUUGCUUAUCUUCCAAAGCACCCUUAACUGGACGAACGAGCAUACAACGAAGCUCUAUUACGAUGAAAUCGCAGGACAGCGAGAGAGUUUUAACACGAUGUACCGAAUAAAACUGAGGAUAUUUUA